AAAAAGAACAAAAGUGCUAAAACCCUAAAACCCUCGAGCGCCCGUGCCCAUCUUAGCUUUUCUGGCUUCUAGGUUGUCUCGACUUGAAAGCACCAUAAGACGGUCUGGUCUGAAAGCUCACUCUGAACUCUCUGCCACCGUUAUCUUGCAAGCACUGAGGUAUUUCUUCUAAUGAAGUUGUGGAUUUUCCACUAACAGGCAAGUAAAUUUUUGCAGUCAUUCAAGACGAAGCAUGUCUCUACCGGAUGAAGAGAUUACCAGAUUGUUUAGAGUCCGGAUGACAGUUUUACAAAUGCUGAAGGAUAGAGGCUACGCUGUUGAGGAAUCUGAGCUAGAAAUGACGAGAAAAGAUUUUGUUCAGAAGUUUGGAGAGAACAUGAAGAGGGAGGAUCUUCUCAUCUUAAAAAACAGAGAGGAGGACUCAUCCGAUCAGAUCUACGUCUUUUUUCCUGAGGGAGCAAAGUCUGGCGUGCCUGUGGUAAGGGCUUUUCUCAAUCGCAUGAAAACAGAUAAUGUCCUCUGUGCAAUCUUGGUUGUCCAGAAGGGUCUGACUCCCCCUGCCAAAGCGGCUGUAACCGAAAUUAAUGCAUGCUUCCGGAUGGAGGUUUUUGAGGAAGCAGAGUUGCUGGUCAAUAUCACAGAGCAUGCCUUUGUUCCUCAGCAUAAGGUGCUUAGCAGUGAGGAAAAAAAGGAAAUACUGGCAAAGUAUGGGGUAAAGGAAACACAGCUUCCUCGUAUCUUAGUUACUGACCCAGUUGCUAGAUACUUUGGGCUAAAGCGUGGACAAGUUGUGAAGAUCACAAGGGAAAGCGAAACUGCUAAAACAUACGACACUUAUCGUUAUUGUGUGUGAGCCUUCCUUCUUCAUUGACAUUCUUGAAUUGCUUUGCUUGAUUCAAUCCUCCAGUUGCUGGCUUGGGAGUGAUCAUCAAGGAAAAGCAAUUAGCAACAGUUUGGAACUGACAAAUCGGUGCAUGAACUCUGCCGAGCAAUCUUUUCAACCAACGGAUUCCCCCUCUUUGUUUCCCAGUUUUUUCAUUUAUUGCUUCUAAAAAGAUUUAACACCACAUUUCAGACCCUUUAGGCGUUUCUUCUUCUUUUUCCCGCGUGCUUUUUUUGUGUCGGCCAUUUGUUGCUGUAGAGGGAUGCCGGGGCAAUGUCUCAGCACAAGCUAACACAUGGCUCCUGGAAUGCAACAUUCGGAUAGAGAAGUGAAAGAAUGUCUUUUUGUCAGCCUUUGUUGCUUCAUAACAUGAAGUUGAAUUGUGCUCUUCACAGAUUCAAUUGAUUAAUUCAUCGUCAUGUUGAUUCACCAAA